AUGGCAGGACGAGUACGACAACCCAUUGACGAGCGGGCGUUUACCGCGUUCCUCUCCAACAAUGUUCCCGAGAUCAAGACGCCGAUUGAGCUGAAGCAGUUCGGUUUCGGUCAAUCCAACCCGACAUAUCAGAUCACGGCGGCCGACGGUCAGCGGUUCGUAAUGCGCAAGAAGCCCCCCGGCAAGCUGCUGUCCAAGACGGCGCACAAGGUCGAGCGCGAGUACCGCAUCAUGCACGCGCUCGAGAAGACGGACGUCCCCGUGCCCCGCACGUACUGCCUGUGCGAGGACGAGAGCGUCAUCGGCACGCCCUUCUACAUCAUGGAGUUCCUGGACGGGCGCAUCAUCGAGGACUUCACCCUCCCCGGCGUGGAGCCCGAGGUGCGCAGGGAGAUGUGGCGCCAGGCGGUGCUGACCCUGGCCAAGCUGCACGCCGUCGACGUCCGCGAGGUCGGGCUGGAGAGCUUCGGCAAGGGCUCGGGCUUCUACAACAGGCAGAUCAAGACGUGGAUCACCAUCUGCGCGAGCCAGUCCAAGGCCGUCGACGUGGAGACCAAGGAGCCCGUGGGGCAGCUCCCGCACUUUGACGAGACGGUGGACUUCUUCAAGAACGAGAAGUGGCAGCCUCGGGACCGGGCGACGCUGGUGCACGGCGACUUCAAGAUUGAUAAUCUGGUCUUCCAUAAGACGGAACCGCGGGUGAUUGGUAUCCUGGACUGGGAAAUGUCGACCGUCGGCCACCCGCUCUCUGACAUCUGCAACUUCCUGACCAACUUCUUCACCGCUAGGCAUGCCGGCGCCACGCCGAAUGACACCUCUGGCUUCCUCCCAGGCCGCACGCCCGGCCUGCCCCAGCCGGACGAUAUCCUGGGCUGGUACAGCGGGGAGGCUGGAUGGGACCCUUCCCCGGACAUGGGCUGGGGCAUGGCGUUCAACAUCUGGCGGCUGGCGGCGGUCUGCCAGGGCAUCGCGGCGCGGUAUGCAGUGAGGCAGGCCAGCAGCGAGAAGGCCAAGAAUUACGUGGUGACGCAGAAGCCGCUGGCCAGGUGUGCUUGGGCCCUGGCGAAGGAGGCUCGUGCAUCAAUUCACCUCUCUUCCGCCUUUGGUGCCCUCUUUCUUCUGCCCUUUGUGGCAAAUAUACUACCUCACUAUACUCUCAUCGCACCUCACCGUGACGCCCUGGCCAGGGAGACAGCUCAGGCGGCCUGCGCGGCCAUGUCGACCAGACGGAGGAUCCAGCUGGUCCAGCCCGAUGAGCGACGUCCGCUGUUGACCAGCCGAGACUCAGAUCGCAUCGAGGGUGCCGAGGGGGCAAGCGAUCCCCUCUACAGCUGCCGGCCUGACCCGCACUCCCAUCUGCCCGUCUACACUAACAUCCAUCGUAUCAGACGUGAUAUUAUCAGCGUCGUCGAGGAUUACCUGAGUCUGGCCCAGCUCACGGAUGUGCGUAUUAACGUGACCGUUGUGCGUCCACUGGUCGACAAGUUUUAUGAGCUUGAUGAUAUAUCUAUUGUUUACUGUCUGUUGGUCAACAGAGCCCAGUUCCUGGAAGAGCAGGCUAGCCUCACCAAUCGGCAAAAUGUCAAUUGGACACGAGCCACGCUCUGCGAGCUCAUCGCAACACGAAUUCUUCGGCGCUUUAACGAAGACUAUGAGGGAAGCGAGGGCCUCCUUCUCCUCUCUCAUAUCCUCGUGGCUGGUUUCGAACCUUUCCAGAAUGCGCCCCCCCAGAUCCGUGAAGAGGCUUCCCGGAACACGUCUUGGUCCCAGCGCACUCUGCCGUCUCUCGAGGUGGCCAUCCUGACUGAGAGCAAACACUUCCUCAGCUCGACCACGUGCCAAAAGGUGGUGAGUGCCAUCUAUGAGGGUCGCAUUAUCUACACCCCUUCGACCUUUUGGGACAUCAUCCCCGAUCAUUACAAGCAGAAGCCAAUCUCCCUCUACGACCCGCGUGAAUCUCCGUUGCUGAACCAGUAUCGUCUUAUCGUUCCCCGGACGAGAAGCUUCCUCGAGUCCAUCCAGUUUUCUAUUCUUCUCACUCUAUACGUCUGUGUCAUGAUAAAGAAAAGAAAGGACGAGAUAGCCUUUCUUGAAGUUUGCUUUGCUGUGUACGCAUUUGGCUGGGGACUGGAUCAGUUUGCUACUAUUCUUGCCCAUGGUUGGAACGUAUACACGCAGAACCUCUGGUCUUUUCUUGACGUCGCAUUUAUACUCAUCUAUUCGAUAUACAUGGUGUUGCGGCUGCAGGGCCAGCGAACGGGUGAUUUGGGAACAGCAGAGCAAGCGUUUGACGUCCUUGCGCUCGGCGCCCCUGUUGUGAUUCCUCGGCUUGCUUUCACUCUACUGUCUGAUAAUCUCAUCUUCUUGUCGCUUCGAUCUAUGAUGGCCGACUUCUUUGCCCUCACCGCGCUGUCUGCUUGGUGCUUCUUUGGAUUUCUACUCUCAUUGCUCUGGCUUGGCGAGAACGCUCACUCCAUCACGAAGAUAUCCUCUUGGAUGAUUUACAUUUGGUUUGGACUUGAUGGUGUUGGCAUAGAAAGAUCUUCUGAAUUUCAUCGAUUCCUUGGCCCAAGUCUGAUGGUCGCAUUUGCAUUCCUUGGGAACACCCUAUUUUUAACAAUUCUUGUAUCCAUGUUGUCAAACACGUUCAGCACAAUCUCCUCGAACGCUGUUGCUGAAAUGCAGUUCCGCCGAGCUGUGUUGACUUUGGAAGGUGUCAAGGCUGACGCUGUAUUCGCGUACCAGCCCCCCUUCAAUAUUCUCGCCGUUUUCCUCUUCCUACCACUGAAAUUCGUCGUCAGCCCCCGAUGGUUCCAUAAGAUUCAUGUUGCUACCGUCAAGUUUAUCAACCUACCUGUACUUCUCCUCAUUGCUAUUUACGAGAGGCGGUUGCUAUGGCCCACCCACCGCGGGAAUGCUCGGACUCAGAAGUCUUUUUGGCAAAGGUGGCAUCUAUCUGCCAGCACGAAUCUUCGUGGAGUCUUUCAAAUCCCGCCUCCUGAGGAUAUCUUUGAAGACAUUGCCGUUGAUGACGAUUUGACGCGGCACCUGAUCCGGCGACAGUUCAUGAGACAGACAAGCUCUGCGAACGAGUCGCGGAAAUCUCAGACCCCGUCGAGACGGGACUCUAUGUUUCCUGGAAUUAGGAAGAGGUUACGUGGUUCCUUUGCUGAGACGGAGGAGUUUGAUGGGGUGUCAGCUCGUUUGGAUUCCAUGGAGAAGUCCAUGAUGAGGCUUGAAGGGCUUGUUUUUAGGCUUCUGGAGAGGGAGGGGACGGCGGUUGCAGAAAAUGAAGGGAUGGAAGGCUCCAGCGACGGUAUGUUGACUGGCGAGAGCACCGCUGGCUUCACGGCCGAGCCCUCCUUUUACGGCGCGACGCAGUCGGAGGACGUUUCGGACUGA